AUGUCCAAAUCAACGGGCAACUUCCUCACUCUGUCAGACGCUAUAGCAAAAUACUCCGCCGAUGUCACUUUUUCCCUCAGAUGGAAUGACUUUGUUAACUCCCUACUUCAACUGAUCGUAAAAAUAGGUCUUCGUUUGGCGCUUGCCGAUGCUGGAGACUCGUUGGAAGACGCUAACAUGGAGGAAUCAAUGGCCGAAGCCGGCCUCUUGCGUCUCUAUGCCCUCUACGAGUGGAUAUCUACAACUAUUGAGGCGCUCAAAAAUUCUGCCUCUUCCUUCCGUACCGGUGACUUCUCGGUGCAUGCUGAUAAAAUUUUUGAAAAUGACAUCAAUCGGACGAUUCAAGUAGUGGAUGAGUACUACAGCGCCCAAAAUUACAAGGAGGCUCUCAAGGCGGUCUUUUACGAGUUCCAAGCUUGUAAGGACCGUUAUCGUGAGGUCUGCCAGACCAAGGGCAUGCACGUGGAUCUCGUGACACGCUACAUUGAAACGCAGACGUUGAUGCUCAGUCCCAUCUGUUCGCACAUCUGCGAACACAUCUGGCGCAAUCUGCUAAUGAAGAAGACGAGUGUUUUCCGGUCAGCCUGGCCAAAGAUCACCGCUCCCGUAAACAACCGUUAUCUUCUUGAAGGUGAGCAGCAUUUCCGCGUCCACGUUAAGAACUUAAGCUUGAAGCGGCAACACUAUUGGUGUGCAUAA